AUGGGAGCAGCCUAUCCAGCGCUAACCAGUACUCACUCACUAGUAAUGUUACUGAAAUACCAAUUUGACAAGGAGACAGACAGUGAUAGAUACAAUGUACGGACGACAGAUCAGCAGAUAAAGGAGACAGACAGUGAUAGAUACAAUGUACGGACGGUAGAUCAGCAGAUCAAGGAGACAGACAGUGAUAGAUACAAUGUACGGACGGUAGAUCAGCAGAUAAAGGAGACAGACAGUGAUAGAUACAAUGUACGGACGGUAGAUCAGCAGAUCAAGGAGACAGACAGUGAUAGAUACAAUGUACGGACGGUAGAUCAGCAGAUCAAGGAGACAGACAGUGAUAGAUACAAUGUACGGACGGUAGAUCAGCAGAUCAAGGAGACAGACAGUGAUAGAUACAAUGUACGGACGGUAGAUCGGCAGAUCAAGGAGACAGACAGUGAUAGAUACAAUGUACGGACGGUAGAUCGGCAGAUCAAGGAGAAAGACAGUGAUAGAUACAAUGUACGGACGGUAGAUCGGCAGAUCAAGGAGACAGACAGUGAUAGAUACAAUGUACGGACGGUAGAUCGGCAGAUCAAGGAGACAGACAGUGAUAGAUACAAUGUACGGACGGUAGAUCAGCAGAUCAAGGAGACAGACAGUGAUAGAUACAAUGUACGGACGGUAGAUCAGCAGAUCAAGGAGACAGACAGUGAUAGAUACAAUGUACGGACGGUAGAUCAGCAGAUCAAGGAGACAGACAGUGAUAGAUACAAUGUACGGACGGUAGAUCGGCAUAUAAAGGAGACAGACAGUGAUAGAUACAAUGUACGGACGGUAGAUCAGCAGAUCAAGGAGACAGACAGUGAUAGAUACAAUGUACGGACGGUAGAUCGGCAUAUAAAGGAGACAGACAGUGAUAGAUUUAAUGUAUGGACGACAGAUCAGCAGAUAAAGGCGACAGACAUGUUUUCAGACUGGCCGACUGACGAAUGUCAACAUGACAUGAUCCACAUCAAGAAAUCAUCAGGAGACAUCAUGACUGAUACCACAUCCGGAGACAGAAAAUCAUCAGGAGACCUCAUGACGGGUACCACAUCCGCAGACAAGAAAUCCUCAGGAGACAUCAUGACGGGUACCACAUCCGCAGACAGGAAAUCAUCAGGGGACAUCAUGACUGAUACCACAUCCGGAGACAGAAAAUCAUCAGGAGACAUCAUGACGGGUACCACAUCCGCAGACAAGAAAUCAUCGGGAGAGAUCAUGACUGAUACCACAUCCGGAGACAGAAAAUCAUCAGGAGACAUCAUGACGGGUACCACAUCCGCAGACAAGAAAUCAUCAGGAGACAUCAUGACGGGUACCACAUCCGGAGACAGGAAAAUACCACAGUACCACAUAUGGUGA